CGUUCUACCGCCCGCGCCGGCCAGAAACCUGAACAAAAACCCUCGUCCGGCUCAUCGUGCACGACUGGGUUAAGGUGGUGAAAACUGACUCCGGCAAGGCUUUUUCAACACGACUACACCUUCCUAUCGGCCAGCCCUCAUCCUCUACGGAUGCCGCAUGACGCCUCUCGUCAAGGCUUUUUCAACACGACUACACGACUAUAACUGAGCUCUCUCUUCUCCACGCCCACCGUGCGAUGCCAGAAGUGCAAUAGGAGAGUUUUGAGAUUCGCAAAACCCUAAGACGCCUCUCGUCAGAUCCGGUGCGAGUUUCCUACAACAGCUGCCCUAGGAAAACCCUACCGCCAUCUCUCUCGUGUCUGCACUUCGAGUCGCCUCUGGGAAAACCCUACCGCUGUCUACGAUGUCUCGGCUUUGCAUCAAGAAUUUGCCCAAGUACGUCAACGAGGACCGCCUCCGGGAAUUCUUCUCUCAGAAGGGGGAGGUCACCGAUGCCAAGCUUAUGCGCACCAAAGAUGGAAAGAGUAGGCAAUUUGCAUUUAUCGGGUUCCGGACUGAGAGGGAAGCUGAAGACGCUCUCAACUACUUUAACAAUUCUUACAUGGAUACAUUGAAAAUCACAUGUGAGGUUGCUCGUCGAGUUGGUGACCCCAAUAUUCAUCGUCCAUGGAGUCAUUAUUCGACAAAGAAAGUAGAUCCUUUAACAAAUAGAAACAAGGAUAGUUCAGUUACAAAAGAUCAAAGUUUGUCUGGCUCAACAUCCAAAGGCUUAGAAUCCUUUUCUGUUAUGUCAAAAGAUGCCAAACGCAGUGAAAAAGAUGAUCCUAAACUGAAAGAAUUUCUUCAGAUUAUGCAGCCACGGUCCAAACUAAAGAUGUGGGCUAAUGAUUCUUUGGGUGCUUCUAAUGUGAUUGUCCCAGAUGGAAUUGCUGAUGAGGAAGAAACUAAGAAAUGUAAAACUAAGAAAAAGCAAUCUGCUCAAAUAGAUAAGACUGAAGGGGUUAAGGGGGAAAAUGAGACAGCCCAUGGGACUUCAUCUAGCCCUACACAAAUAGAGUCUUCUGAAAUAAUUCCCAUAGAGCAAUUCAAUGGAGAGGAUGCCACAACGGAUAUGGAAUAUUUUAAAAGUAGGGUUAAGAAAAAUUGGUCAGAUUCAGAAACUGAUGAUAAUAAUUUAGAAAAAGAUGAAAAAGAAUCCCUCAGUGAACUGCUGGAAACAGAUGCAAAAGAUAAAACAAUUGAUAUACCAGGUAUGAAAUGCACAGAGUAUGAACAAGUUGAGAUAGAAGAGCAAUCUUCGAAAGAUUCUGAUGGAGAAAACAAUGAUAUUAAGAACACAUCAUCUAAUAAUGAGAACAAGCCGGCAAUGGAAACUGGUCGGUUGUUUGUUCGCAAUCUUCCAUACACAGCAACUGAAGAUGAUCUGGCAGAACUCUUUAGUCAGUUUGGUGAUCUAUCAGAGGUUCAUCUUGUUGUUGACAAAGAUACAAAACGAUCUAAAGGAAUAGGCUAUGUGUUUUACACACUCACAGAAUCUGCGAUGAGGGCACUGGAAGAAUUGGACAACUCAAUAUUCCAAGGCAGAUUGUUACAUGUUAUGCCUGCAAAACCUAAAAAUUCAACUUCUGAGAAACUUGAGUCUGAUCAUGCCACUACUAAAAAGAGCUUGAAGCAGCAACGUGAGGAACAGAAGAAGGCAUCUGAAGCUAGCGGUGAUACACGAGCAUGGAAUAGUUUGUUUAUGCGUCCAGACACAGUAGUUGAAAAUAUAGCAAGGAAGCAUGGCAUUAAGAAGAGUGAUCUACUUGACAGUGAAGCAGAUGAUCUUGCUGUACGCAUAGCCCUUGGGGAAACACAUGUGAUAGCAGAAACUAAGAAAGCUCUUUCUAAUGCUGGAAUUAACAUUCUCGCAUUGGAAGAACAUGCUUCUAAGAAGACUGAAAAUACCAAAAGAAGCAAUCAUGUGAUAUUGGUUAAGAACUUGCCUUAUAAUUCUAGUGAAGGAGAUCUUGCUAACAUGUUUGGGAAAUAUGGGAGUCUUGAUAAAAUUAUUCUCCCACCAACAAGAGUAUUGGCCUUGGUAAUUUUUCUUGAAGCUGGAGAAGCUCGUGCAGCUUUCAAGGGUUUAGCAUAUAAGCGAUAUAAGGAUGUUCCAUUAUACUUGGAAUGGGCUCCUGGUGACAUUUUGUCUUCUAACCCAAAAUCACAGAAUGGGGAGAAAAUUAGUGUAAUUGGUGAAGAACAUGUUAAGAAAGUUCUACUAGAGCAAAGUGUGGAAGGAAUACCAGAAGAGGAGAUUGAUCCUGACAAGAUGGAGUCACGAUCACUAUUUGUCAAGAACCUGAAUUUCAAGACAACUGAUGACACUCUGAAGAAACAUUUUAGCGAUAAAAUGAAUAAUGGGACAAUAAAAAGUGUAAAGGUAAAAAAGCACCAAAAAAAGGGAAAGGAUGUUUCCAUGGGUUUUGGAUUCAUUGAAUUCGAUUCUGUGGAAACUGCAACCAGUGUAUGCAAGGAUUUACAGGGAACUGUUCUGGAUGGGCAUGCCCUUAUAAUGCAACUUUGUCAUUCCAAGAAAGCCGGACAGGUUCCUAAAACAGACGAGAAGAAUAAGAGCUCAACAACAUUGAUGGUAAAAAAUGUUGCAUUUGAGGCAACCGAAAAGGAUCUAAAGCAGCUGUUCAGUCCAUUUGGUCAGAUCAAGAGUUUAAGAUUGCCAGUGAAGUUCGGUGGUCAUCAUAAGGGUUACGCAUUCGUGGAGUACGUUACUAAGCAAGAGGCACAAAAUGCAUUGGAGAAUCUUUCAAGCACGCAUCUCUAUGGUCGUCAUCUGGUCCUCGAGCGAGCAAAAGAGAAAGAAACAAUGGAAGAACUAAGAGCAAGGGCUGCUGCCCAGUUUGGAGUUGACAAUGGUGGUUUAUCCAAGAAAAGGAAAGCCACUUCUGUGGUUGAAGGCGCCGAGAAGUUUGCAAGAAUGCUAUAGCGUUCCUAAAUGUGAUUAUGAUAUCUACUUCUCAUUGUAUCGACACACAAAAGGGAAUUAUGUUGGCCAAACGAAAUAUGUAUUUUUGUUUAUCUUUUUUUCUGUAUUUACCGAGUCAUAGAGCACAAAGGGUUAAUUUGACUUUACUCAUGAGAAUCCACUCAUCAAUUUUGCCGUC